CAGUCGCUUCGUCAGUGAGCGACGAAUACUCGUGAAGUGUGCACGUGCUCGCGCUUGUCAUCUCGUAUAUCUUUGAUGAAAUGUGCAAUUUCGUCAAAAUCGAUGGACACUGCACAUGUGUCACUAAUUUGAAGGGUCUUCGAGGAACUCGGCUCGUCUUCCCUUGAAGACCGAGAUUCGUGAUAGAAAUUGUACAGAUGAUGUUUCUUUCUGAUACAUGGUGGAGCAGAUACGUCUCGGAUUGAGAAUCUACGAUGAACAUGUGCAAGUGAAGGAUAACGAAUGUAAAACGAAUCUGCAAAGAAGGUGCAGUGGAGGGAAAAACCGCUGGGCAAAAUGAAAGUGCCGAUAACGCGACUGGCGACUUGAUAAGAACCGAACCGUUGAACUUUACCGGGAAGAGCGAGGAUAUAGCAGCCGUUUCGAUAACUCGCUAUUAUUAGUAACAUAAUAAUCCUAAGAAAAUCGCACACGAUUCUCCGGAUACUUCGUCAAGAUCGCUCCAUCCUAAGCGAUAUUUGAAUCGCAAUCGUGAUAUUAAAAUAUAAAAAUAUCGAUGUGUAUCACAUUGUGUAUAUGAGCCGCUGGGAGAUAUAUCAGUUUUUUUUUUCGCGGAAGACAGCUCAGCUCAAUAAUUUUUUGCGGAGGUGCGUGUUUACGCAUACAAGUAAUAAAUAAUCUGAUCAGCGUGUAAGAACGCAUCGAAGAAGACGAAGAUUAGAAAGAGACGACCAGCAAAAUCUGCGACAUUACGGAGCGACAACGUGAAAGAGAGCGAUUUAAUACGAGAAAAUUGAUGACACUAGUCAAGACUGUAUUUCAGGAACUCCAUUCCUCUAGAAGCGCCAUCGAUCUUCUUUUUAUUCUUGCAGUCUCGAGUCGUUCGCGUUUGUCUGACGACGGCACGCGUCCGCUUGACACUUGACACGCAAUUGUUCGUUUGCUGCAGUGCAAUGAUUCGCCCUGUCUCAAUCGUCCUCGUUUCCGACUGCCGAAAGAAGAGAGAAUCAAUGCCGAAGAAAUUUCUACGACACCGUCCUUUUUUGCCGUCCAAUAAAAUUCUUCGAAGUUAAUUUUGAUCGGAAUGCCCUAUUUUAUUUUGUAUAUAACAAUGAGGAUCUAAGAACGUUUUAUGAAAAGCUACAGAAAGUGUGAAGGAAUAUUUUCGAGUGACUCGACAAAGAUGCUGUCCUUGCGCUAUUCUCAAUGGUGGGCGGUGUAUCGAAGCCGGAGGUUGCUUCCUGAAUCGUUAUGUCCGAUGUGAUUAGAUGUUCUGUGCUUCGACACAAAGAAUCAUUACAGCAAAAUCCGUUGUUUUGAUUUUAGUUUUAUGAACGUUACUGGCAUGUGCAUUAAAAUCUGUAGACAAUACGGGGACUAGAAGAAGAGAGAUAAAUUAUUCUUUCCGAUCUUUCAAUCAUAAUUGAUCUAUUGUUUCAUUGAUGAAACUUUUGCCAAAUCUGUCCCGGAACUUCAGAUUUUCUAUACAUAAAUUGUAGACAAGGUCUGAAUCAAUGAAAGAAAAACUUUGUCAUUCUUUUUUUUCCGUCUUAUUCCCGGAACAGCACUAGUCUUAAAAUCUUUAUCGUAAAGUCUUAUAGACUCACAAAAACUAUGCCGUCUCAAGUUUACUUAUGCAGAUCGCCGACUCGUCACUCGGCGUUUGUCGGCGGCAUCUGAAGAAUCCGAGAUGCGAACGACGAGUUUCUCGCUGGCUUACCGAAAUCUUAUCGCAGCAGAAGCAUUGCGAGAAAGGGAAAGUAAAGUUUGGAAGAGGGAAACGCGCGAGGAAGAGGAGAGCGAAGAAACGAGAGAUUGCGUAGGACGAUCAAGCGGAAGAGGAAGAGGAGUACGGUGGCCCGCAGGCGGAAGAGAGAGAAGGUAGCGGAGAGGAAGAGCGGUCGACUUUGGGAAGAUCAAUCGACGUGCGGGGAGGAAGCUGCUGGACCGUGAGCGGCAUGCGUGUCGGAAAAAGUGCAAUGUCCUCCUUCGGAGGCGUGAUACUGGUCGCGGCGACGCGCGAGAAUUAAGAGGCCACCAUCUCGACGAUCUCGGGACUCUUCUCCAAGAAGAGCUCACCCUGCAAGGAGAGAGGUAGAAAAAGAGGGAGAGGGAGGGGAAGAGGGGAAAAGGAGAAUUUAUAAUGCACUGACAUAUUAAAUUCGCUGAAAAAAGACAGAGAAAAGAUAGAAGAAGAAGAGAAUAAUAAAAAAAACAAGGGAAAGAAGAAAGCAAAUUUUAUUUUAUAUAUUUUAUUGCGUGAGAUCGUCUGAGAGAAAAGAGGAAAAAAGAAAGUAACAGAAAAAGGAUAGGGAAAGAAGAGGAAAACGGAGAGUGAAACUUCAUUUUUUUGCAGUCGUCUGUCGCACGCGACUCGUGGACGCUAUAUAAUAAAGCUCCGUGUAUAAUUUAUCACGCACGCUAAUUGUAAUCGCUCAAUUUGGUCCACAAAGGCGAGUGAAAUUUUUGAAGAUUAGUGCUUUAUCUGAUCUCUAAUUUAUUUUGUUUCUUCUUUGACGGUAUUCUUUAUCGAUAGGAGACAAUGAGAGAUACAACUCAUCAGCGAAAUUCUACGUACGCGCGACAUGUACGAGCAAUGAUUCAAUUUACUACUAGUAUGCGAUAAUUAAUAAGUCGAAUUUUGUGUUCAAUAUUUCGUGUUUCUUCGUUCCUUAUCAUCAAGAAAAAAAAUUGUUUCUUCGAGACGAAUGAUCGAUAGUCACGAUAAAUCGCGGUAGAUCACCGCGUUGUGUUCAAUGCCUUGUGUUCGUCCUACUUUUUGCUCCAAGCACUGCCAUAUAAGUACUCACUGCCCGCCGGCGCAUAUUACUUUAUGUUACACGACAUAAUCUGUGCCGUCUUCCGAUAUGUCGUUUACCGUUGACUGUCUGAAUUUCGCGCUUCUCCUCAUCUGCACGCGCGUGUUUCAUCUCGCUCUUGGAAUCAGCGCUCAAUAUUAUAAGGCCCAACUAGACGCGCAUUUGAAGCUUCACGGAGAAAAGUGGACGAUUGAGGAUGCUGGUGUACGAAAGUGUAAAUUAUGCAAUAAACAAUUCACGCAACCUGCGCUCUACCGAAUGCACAUUCGCGAACAUUAUAGGCUACAGACGAAGAUAGUAAAGCAAACUAAGAGGGGAACGAAACAUAAAACAAUGUACAAAUGUACCAUAUGUUUGAAGAAUUUCCAAAAGCCGAGCCAACUGAUGCGGCAUAUCAGAGUGCACACCGGAGAGAAACCGUUUAAGUGUACCGUUUGCAAUAGAGCAUUUACACAAAAAAGUUCGCUACAAAUUCAUGCGUGGCAGCACAAUGGUAUCCGGCCACACAGCUGCAAUCUCUGCAGCGCCAAAUUUAGUCAGAAAGGAAAUCUAAAGGCGCAUAUACUCAGAGUACAUAAUGUACCAGAAGGUGAACCGACAUACGCCUGUUCUUAUUGCUCUUGCAUUUUCAAGAAGCUAGGCAGCUUAAACGGUCACAUCAAGCGAGUGCAUUCUAAUCCGGAGGAGGAAUCCGCUGAUAAAUCCUCGACUGCUAAUUCUAAUAUCUCUUCGGAAGCUGACAUGCGCGCGACGGUCGAUAGCGUUAUUUCGCAAUUGGCGUCUUUGGAAGCUGUCGUAAAUAAUACCGCAAGUUCCACGGGAUCCGCUGAAAUACUAAGUGCAGAACAGAACGAUAUCUUGCAACAGGCGUUGAAAAAUAGUGGUUUACCGAACAAAAACGAAAUCCCUUUGAAAGAAAUCACAGAGUCGAAAAAGGCGGAUUUGCCAACAACAUAUGUCACAUUGUUGGACAAGACUGCUGGCAGUACUUCGAAGAAAUAUCAUGCCAUAAAGCAACGUUGCAUAGGAAAUGUACGGUGGUACGUAUGUUCCUUUUGCCCGAAAGAAUUCAAAAAGCCGUCGGAUUUGAUACGUCACUUACGGGUGCAUACGCAAGAAAAACCCUUCAAGUGUAUGUAUUGCGUGCGUUCCUUCGCGCUAAAAUCGACAAUGAUAGCGCACGAACGAACUCACACCGGAAUAAAGAAGUACGCUUGCGUUUCCUGCAAUAAAACUUUCGCGUGCCAUAGUAGUCUUACCUCUCAUACUAGAUUACAUAUGAAACCGCACAAAUGUAAUAUAUGCGGCAAGUUAUUCAACUCGAGCAUCAUCCUGAAAAAUCAUAUGAAAUGUCACGUGCAGGAAAAGCCCAAAACAUCGCCGGAAGCAGAGAGCUUAGUGCCUCAAGUAGUACUGCAGGAGCCACUUGUCAUCAGCGACGCUGGUAACAAGAUCAGUGUUGCCCAAGUGCAAUCGAAACAAAAACAAUUGUAUGAGAAUGCCGGUGUGACCAGGCCGCAUGAAUGUUUGGUCUGUCACGCGGCAUUCAGGAAAGUCAGCCAUUUGAAACAACAUUAUCGUAGGCAUACGGGCGAACGUCCUUACAAGUGUUCCAAAUGCGACAGGAGGUUUACAUCAAAUAGUGUUCUGAAAUCUCACUUGCACACGCAUGACGACGCGAGGCCAUACAGUUGUUCGGUAUGCAAUACAAAAUUCUCCACACAAAGUAGCAUGAAGAGGCAUUUAGUAACACAUAGCAAUAAAAGGCCAUUUAUGUGUCCAUAUUGUCAUAAGACGUUUAAGACGUAUGUCAAUUGUCGAAAACACAUAAAAAGACACAAACACGAACUGGUGCAACGGCAAUUAGAAGAACAAAAGACGCAAGAGCAAAAAGAACAACAACCUUUGAGAGAAAACAAAGAAGCUGGCUCAGUAGCCUUAUCGACAAGCAUCUCUCUCGCCGAAGAUAUAGAAGUGUCGUUCCAACCGCAAAUGGCGCCCGAUUUCACGCAAGCCUUUUCUGAUCAGUUUCAAAAUAUCAGCGUAGAGAAAGAUAAGUCUUUCUUAUUGACAAACAGUGCGACAACGUCAGCAACAAACCAAAAUUUAUCUGUUGACACAACUAAUUUAGAAACUUCGCAAACUUUACAUGCUGAUGAAACUGGCACUAUCACGUUGUCACAUUACUCAGGAGAUCAAACCUUUACAGCGGAAAGCAUACAAGAGAUCGAGGAGACAUUGAAUCAACAACUGUUUAAUAUUGGUAUGAAUCUCGGAUUGGCAAACAAUUUACCGAAGCAGAUGGACGAGACGAAUACGAAUUCUCUUGACAAUUCUAGGGAACAGCCAGUGCUUAAUAUAAUUUAUGAGCAUAACAAAAAUCUAGAUUCAUCUGGCAAUACUAUAUUCACAUCGCAAUUCGAUUCAUUUGACAUGAGCCAAAUUACGUUACAGACGGACAGUGAGAUGGAUAUCAGUUUGAAUCCAACCAACACGACGAGCAUAUCUAGUAUUUUGCCCAGAUCCGUGGAAGGAGACGAUAGACAACAAGAAGAACAACGUGCUAUUCCAGUAACUACAGUUGAUAGUAUGGAUGCUUCUGCAAUUACGAAGAAUGCUCAUCUAAUGGUAAUCAAUUCUAAGGAUAAUUGUUCAGAAUUGAUGAGCCUUUCGCAAGUAUGUCCAUCGAAGUAUUCGAAAGUCAUCGCGAAAGCAGACACUACAAACGGAUUAAUUGAAAUGCAAGACACGACUAAACAUGAAAAAGUGUCACAGAAAAGUAAUGUUAUAUUAUGCGAGAGCGAGAGAAACUCUUUAUUCAUGAAGAACUUCCAAAGUACGAUACAGCCAGAUACACUCGUUUCUUCAGGAACGAAUAAUUCUGCCAAAAUAUCGGAGUACAAUAAUUUAUUGGAGUGUCACAUAUGCCAUCGUAAUGGUUUCACAGCAGAAAGAUUGAAGGAACAUUUGGAAUCUCAUUGCGGUGCCAAAAUUUAUGAGUGUUCGAAGUGUUCCCAGCGAUUCCAUACAAAUGGUGGUCUCAACAGGCACACAAAGAGGCUGCACACAGAGUUAUUGAAAUGUACGACUUGUAAGAAGGUGCUGGACAGUAAAUCGCAAUUGAAACAUCACAGCAAAAUGCAUAGUGGGGUUUUGAAAGUUGUACGCCUGGAAUCGAAUGAAAAGGAUGUAAUCUCCUCCAGUUCCCGUCUUCCGUCUAUAACGGUGCUAGAUGUCCAAAUGAACACAGACUCGUCGGUAUCCGAGAAAGUAUUGAUGGACGCAGUUGCUGAGAGGAAAAGCAUGGACCGCGUAGAUGAAAACACGGAGAGGAAAGAGACAAAAGAAUAUACGAACAAAUGCAAGUAUUGUCCGAAAACUUUCCGAAAGCCAAGCGAUCUUAUUAGGCACAUUCGCACGCACACGGGCGAACGGCCAUACAAGUGCGAUCACUGCAACAAGAGCUUCGCGGUUAAAUGCACUCUGGACUCGCAUAUGAAAGUUCAUACGGGCAAGAAGACAUUCUGCUGCCACGUAUGCAACAGCAUGUUCGCUACGAAAGGCAGUUUAAAGGUCCACAUGCGACUGCACACGGGUUCGAAGCCAUUCAAGUGUCCCAUGUGCGAUCUGCGAUUUCGCACUUCGGGUCAUAAAAAGGUACACAUGCAGAAACAUGCAAGAGAACAUAAGAGCGGCGCGAAGCGCAAGCCUAAACACCAAAAGGUCGCGGCAGUAGCGGAAGUAGCGGCUAGCCUCGAAAAGAUUGGCAACAGUUCUCUGGACCAAACAUCGAGGACGACGAUGACGACGACGCCAAUCGUGAUUAAUGGCAGCGAGGUUGCACCAUCGCAGGAUCUUGAUUAUUCUUCGUUAGAGCAUACUGAAAUGAAUCUUAAUAGCGCGGUUCAUUUGUCGAAUCAAAUCACGUUUAAUCAUACCGACGCGACGACAGCGACGAUUCUUAACAACAAUUCCAUGCUGUCUUUGAAUGACAGCAACGAGCUGGUGGCGAAUCUGCAAUUCCUGCUAGCGAACGGUCUCGUUACUAUUCAAACAGACGAUACCAUGCUGACGACGCAGUCAGCAGGAAACAGUGCCCCUGAAAUGCCAACUAACGUGAUCGAAUUAGUUGGUACGAAUCCUUUCCAGGAAGCUUGCAAUCUCAGUAACGCUAAUCAUCAAAUAGUGAUAACCAACCAGGUGUCAACUGAAACGACGACCACAAGUACGAGUGACGCGGCGAUUAUUCAAAUGAACAAUUGUUUGCCACCUGUUUCCAUAGUACAGAUGCAGAAUCAAGGUAUGAACAUUGGUGAUGACGCAUCCAAAGCAAAGAUAAGCAAUCAAUUGACAACAACAUGUGUCAAUCAAGCGGUGGCAAUGGAGACAGCUAAAACCUCGACGCAGUCAUCGCGAAAGGAGUGCGACAUAUGUGGCAAGACAUUUACAAAGCCGUAUCAGAUGGAGCGGCACAAGCGCAUCCAUACAGGCGAACGGCCAUACAAGUGCGAGCAAUGCGACAAGUCAUUCGCGCAAAAGUUUACGCUGCAGCUACAUCAGAAGCAUCAUACCGGCGACCGGCCAUAUCCCUGUCCACACUGCAAGCAUUCGUUCACGCAGAAAUGCAAUUUGCAAACUCAUCUGAAGCGUGUUCAUCAGCUGGUUAUGCUUGAUGUCAAAAAACUGAAAAGCAGUCAACAGAUGUUAGGCACACUUCUACAGGAAAAUCAAGGAGCAGACACUAAAUUGAUGAAUCUGGAUGAUAUACUAGUGGUCGAUUUUCUUAAGUGAACAUUUAAGGGAGCUCUUUUCAAAGAGCUUUUUUCAGAAGAUCCAACUCUGUAAUUCGAACAGAGAACAUAGAUAUAUAAUAUAAUGUACUGAAAAAAUGUGCCGUAAACGAGUUUUCGAUGAUUGAAUACUACGCUUCAAAAUAUGAAGAAACAUGAAGAAACAAACAUGAAGAAAGAAGUUUCGAAUUUUAGACAUAAUUAGACAUAAAUAAUUAAAGCUGUGAUGAAUGAGAAAUAUGUUAUAUAUCUGAUGCUAUAACAAAAUAUUUAUAUAUUCGAGAUGUAAUUUAAUACCUCGUUUAACUAGUUUACACUAUAUUGUUUUGUAAUGCUAA